AUGGCGCUGUUGAGUUCUAUUCGAUCCUUGACGCUGGACCUGCCGCCAAGCUGCAUCCAGUUCUGCCCGGCAAGACCAGAUAUUUUCGCGGUAGGCACCUACUUCCUACAUCGGAACGAGGAUCGAGACUCGUCACAAGAGAAUUCUGAAAGUGCUCUACCCACCACAAACUCAAACCCAAGCUCGGCAGAGAAUGCAGCAACAGCCAUACCGCAGAAGCGCACAGGCAGCCUGAUCCUGUACGAGAUCUCUCACGAUAAAAACAUCACCGAGGUGUUUAGCUUGGCCACGGACUUUGCGAUUCUCGACUUGCAGUGGGCACCACAUCCCGACAAACUGGUCGGUAGCAACGAUCCUCUACUCGCUGUCGCAGGAUCCACAGGGUUACUUGCAUUCUAUCGCCUCAAGACUCGUCCUACCGCUUCUGAUACCGCAGCACAACAGCAGAGUCAGACUGAGCUCGUCUUAUCAUGUGUGAAGCAAGUUACCGAUGACACGACUCUGGUGCUGUCACUCACGUGGCAUCCCGUCCGGCCGAAUGUUCUCGGAUUGACUCUAUCCGAUGGGCGGGUUGUGCUGUGCAUGAGUGAGAGCAGAGACGAGCAUGCAGAUGCUGCUGUUGUGGCCUGCUGGGACCCGAAUGCUGUGCUCUCUAUGCACGAUGUGCACGAGCACGAGCUCGAAGCCUGGAUCAUGAACUUCACGCCAGAGAAUGAUGCAAAGGUGCUAUCUGGUGGCGAUGACAUGAUGCUGCUGUGCUCGCAGGAUAUCGCUUCUGCGCAAAGUGAUCCCGCCGAAGAGCAAGAGUAUGCAAUGCAAUGGCAAGACCGCAAACUCCAUCAAGCGGGAGUCACUGCAAUCCUUCCUCUAUCCGAUACAUUAGUCGUAACCGGCAGCUACGAUGACCACAUCCGCCUGCUAUCUCUCCCCGCAGUCGGCAGACGAAAAGUCCUCGCAGAACUCAACCUCGGAGGAGGAGUUUGGCGACUGAAACUCCUCACACCUCCAUCUUCGCAUGUAGCACAGCCGAGCCACAUCGAAAGCGGCGGCGGCAUCCACAGCAGCAGCACCAGCACAGCCGAUGCCGAUCAUGCAUCAGGCCAACACACAUUGACACCACCUAUGUCAGCCUUACAGGAUCAUCAGGAUCAGAACCAGACAACAAGUUCCCAUUUUGUCCUACUCUGUAGCUGCAUGCACGCCGGCACUCGCAUAGUCAGGCUGCAGCGUAGCAGCAGAAAAGACGAAGACGAUGACUGGACUUUCUCUGUGAUAGCCCGGUUCGAAGAGCACAAGUCUAUGAAUUAUGGAAGCGAUGUGCAACCCAGAAGCGAUGUUGAGAACCCGCUGCAGACGACAACGAUCGUCAGCACGAGCUUCUAUGACAAGUUAUUGUGUUUGUGGCAGAUUGAUGGGGAGACGUUGAAAGAACCGCAGUAG